AUGGCACAUCCCUCAACUUUUGUUACCUUGGUGAUAACAGUUCUAGUAGUUGGGGUCAUUGUCCCAGGAGCAGAUGCCAAGCCAAGGGCUUUCUUUGUAUUUGGUGAUUCACUUGUUGACAGUGGCAAUAACAAUUACUUGGCAACUACUGCACGGGCUGAUUCCCCUCCUUAUGGAAUUGACUAUCCAACUCGCAGACCAACUGGUCGUUUUUCAAACGGACUCAACAUUCCCGAUCUGAUUAGUCAACGACUAGGUGCUAAGUCCGUGUUGCCAUACUUGAGUCCAGAAUUAAGAGGUGACAAACUUUUACUUGGUGCCAAUUUUGCUUCCGCUGGAAUUGGGAUCCUUAACGACACUGGAGCUCAGUUUCUAAAUAUAAUUAGAAUGUAUAGACAGUUGGACUACUUUGAAGAGUAUCAGCGACGAUUGACAUCUCAAAUUGGAGCAGCGCGGACUAUGACACUUGUCAAUCAAGCAUUGGUUCUCAUCACUGUCGGUGGUAACGAUUUCGUAAACAAUUACUACUUGGUGCCUUUUUCUGCAAGGUCUCGACAGUAUACGCUACAGGAUUAUGUCAAAAUUCUCAUUAUAGAGUACCGUAAACUCUUGGAGAGACUAUAUGAUCGAGGAGCUCGCAGAGUGCUUGUGACGGGUACUGGACCAUUGGGUUGUGUUCCAGCGGAAUUGGCAAUGCGUGGAACAAAUGGAGGGUGUUCUGCUGAACUUCAACGAGCUGCAGCAUUGUACAACCCUCAACUACAACACAUGAUACAAGGACUCAACAAGAAAAUUGGCAGAGACGUUUUUAUCGCUGCAAAUACAGCACGAAUGCAUUUUAAUUUCAUUAAUAAUCCUAGAGCUUAUGGAUUUACUACCUCACAAAUUGCUUGUUGUGGGCAAGGACCCUACAAUGGAAUUGGGUUAUGCACACCGCUCUCUAACUUAUGCCUAAAUAGAAACUCAUAUGCAUUUUGGGAUUCAUUCCAUCCAUCCGAAAAGGCUAACAAACUUAUUGUGGAGCAAAUUAUGUCAGGUUCUACAAAAUACAUGAACCCAAUGAACCUCAGCACCAUCCUAGCAUUGGAUGCUAGCACAUGA